AUGGGUCGGCGCAAAAUUGAGAUUGCGAUGGUGAAAAAACCAGAGGCGAGGCAAGUCACAUUCUCAAAGCGCCGAAUGGGGUUAUUCAAAAAAGCAAACGAGCUUGCCAUCUUGUGUGGGACCAAAAUUGUGAUUGUUGUAUUCUCUCCCGGGAAUAAACCUUACUCUUUUGGCCACCCUAGUGUUGAUGCUAUUGCGUCUAAAUUUCUUCAACAAGAGCUCGAUCUAAACGAUGUUCUAGAAACCCCUUCCUCUAACAUAGAGGAUCUGAACCAACAACAUGAGAAGGUGAUGGCUGAUAUAGCUGAGGCUGAAAAGGAAGAUAAGGCCAAUGAGGAGAUGCUAAAAGAAUACAAAUCAGCCAGCCCUAAGGAAUGGAAAGAUUCAUUAAUGGAGCUCAAGAAUAUGGUAAAAUCACGUCUUUGUGAUUUAGAUAUAUCAGAUUCUAUGAUGCUCCUCGCAAAGGAGCCCGUGGUUGGAAUUAAAAACUAA